GUCAAAAAUGUACUUUGAAUCUGGAAAGAUCGAAUUUGCAGAAUGCGAUACGAUCCUCUAUUGCUAGGAAAAAAGUUCAUGCAGAAACGAUCCAAAAGCAUGCUCCUUUUUCUGAAAUUUUAUAGGUUUUUACCUGCAAAUGUAAUUUUAGAGAUCCCUCUUGUGUCAUUUACUGCUUCAUCUGGGUCAUUAUUUCAAUUCAAAUUCAAAUUUUCAUCUACUACUCUUCUCAGGCUGGGUGUAGUCUUACUUUCUGUCUUUUCGUUGUCAAUGAAUGGUUGUUUAGUUUCGUAUUGACGGAUUUUUUCUGUCAGCAGUUUUUUCUGCAUAAGAUACAAGAAUGUCUUUUCAUUCUUUAUGGAAGAAUCCUUUCUUGAAUUCUAAGGCCUACGAGAUUGUCAGCAGUUUUUUGUAGGCUUCUGUUAGUAGUCGCCUAGAGAGCAGUAAAAAAUGGGUCGUGAGACGGCAGGCGGGUCCACGUCCAGUGGGACGCACCGUCGGCGCGACGGUGUUGGACGAUCGGGUCCGUCAUCGUUCUCUCCUUCCGCCCGCAAUUUCGAGGCGCAGCACCGCAUGCCGCCUGCAGGGAAGAUGGACUCCGAAAAGGAGAAGGACUUGAAUGUGAAGCAGACGCGAACCGAAAUGCUCCGGGACAUGCUUGAGUACACGAACGAGAGCAAUCCCUUCGGCGACAGCAAACUGACGGAGAAGUUCGUGUGGGGAAAGAAGAUGGAGAUGGAUGAAGCCACGAACAAGCGAAAAAAGCUUAGCAAGGCAGAGCAGAUUGUGCAGAAUGCAGAGAAGAUAGCUGAAAUCCAGAAAAUUCGAAAGCGGCGAGAAGAGCGCGACCAAGAGCGCGCCGAAUUGGAAGCACAAAGAGACCAGCUCGAGCGAGAAAAAGCGAUCGAGGAGAACAGAGAUUUGUAUAUCAACUAUAAGUUGUUCCUAGUACCUUAUCGAAACGAACGAUCCAUAACCUAACCUGCCCUAAGCUAACCUUCGAGUUCUUGUGCUUACUGUUGCUGCAGGGAAGAGUGCUACUUGCAGUGAGUCUUGUUAGAAUCUCCAGCUGCUGUGAUCAUUAUGAGCAGUGGUUGUUACAAAUAUAACAACAUCUUCACAAAAUUAGAAUUCGAGGUUCUUGUUCGGUCCUGAAAGUGAAAUGUUGACGUCUAUCAAAACUAAAACAGGUUUGCUCGUGAGGAUGAUUUUCAGUAUAAGCAGACACUGGAGCGAGCCCAGAUGAGGAUCCAACAGAGGCGUGAGAAUCUUGUGGAUUUAAUGACGACUUCUCUCCUAGUCGUGGAUGGCGAUAUCGAGAAGGCCAAGUCGCGAGUGAACACCUACAACAGUAGUGGCGCACCUAGUGGCGCGAGGUUCGAGCUCGUCCUGCCUGAUAUGGACCCCGUUGCCAAGAUCGAGAGCGUGCCGCGAACCGACCUCGAAACAAUCCUGGAAAUCGCGGAGAAAGUCGAGGAUCACAUCCACGUCCACUAUUGGGACUCGCUUCAAACCGUGCUGCGGCACCAGCUGGAUCCCAGUACUAUUGCGUCUUCCGACGGGAAUGCUGGGCUUAGCGGUGCGGAUCAGCGGGUAGACGCGGAUGUCCACGAAUUGCUGGAGGGGCAGUCGCAGGUAGAGCUGGAGCAAACGAAAACGGAUCUCACGGACGAACUGCGCAACCCCGAUGACACCACUGACGUCAGCUUUUACCAGAGCGUCUUGGACAAGCUGCCGUUGUACCAGGCACGCUGCGCGCUGCGGUGGACGCACUUUGAGGCGCUGCGCUUGGCCAGAGAGGCAGUCGCGAUGCAGACGGCGGGUGUGCAGGCGGUGAGGCAGAGCGGCGGCACCUUAGACGCGGAUGCGCGCAAAGCAGCUUUGCUGAACGCCAAGGACAAGGCGGAUCGGUACGGAGGUGAGAACAUUUGGGGUAACAAGCGCGAGAUCGUCGCGGAGGCUUUGGACGACGUGAAGGAUUUAAAGGUCGUGCUCGGUGCAGGCCACAAGUCGGCAGCGCAGGCGGGAGGCACCGUGAAGAGCAAAGGCGACGGAGAGCAGGCGCCUCGCAAAAAGAAGGAGCAGUCCCGCGACUUGGUGAAACAGCAUUUGCAGGCACAAGAAGCGCGCGAAAAAGGACACGUGGAUGCCCUAGUCGAACUAGAACAAGGUGGCGCCGUCGAUGGCGACGGGAAGAAGAAAAAGAAGAAAGUGAAGUUCGUGGACGGUUCCUCCCCAGAGAAAAGCAACGGCCAGGACAGCAGCGACGAAUCCGACGAGGACGACGACGAGCUGAAUCCGGAGGAGGUGGAAGAAGAGGAGGAAGUCAAUCUUUCUCCUCGCUCGCAGCCCCUCAAGAGUCUCAAGCAGCGAGCCGUUCUCGACGAGCGCACUGGAAUUCAGAAGACGGUUGCGCUACGAGAAAACGUCGACUACAUUGUGGUGGAUGCCGAGGAGGACGCGAAGACGCGUCUGAAGAACUACCAAAAUCUCAUGCUGCGUUUUGGCGCAGUCCUUGACGAAAAAGGUGACCGAUGGGUCGAUGACAUGCGGCGACGUGGCCUCAAGGAUGGAGAAAUGGCAUUCAACACAGGCCAGGCUGAGGAAAACCAGGAUCAUGGUACUUACUUUGAAAAAUAGAUUUGUCAUGUUUCUUUUCGAACAUCCAUGGUGUCAUAAAUCAACAUGAAUACCUUAUUUUGCUAGCUUGUUCUUGUUAAAUGAUCUUUCUCGCUCCCAUUAACUCUUUUUGCUUGUGGCCCACCACAGGUAUCGUGCAGCUCGCGAAAAUUCACUACGAUUGGGAGAAGAAGUAUCGUCCUCGUAAGCCGCGUUUUUUCAAUCGUGUGAAGACUGGUUUCUGGUGGAACAAGUACAACUCCACCCACUACGACACCGAGGUACCGCCGCCCAAAGUCGUGCAGGGAUACCGAUUUAACAUCUUCUAUCCGGAUUUGGUCGACAAGCGGGAUACGCCAAAGUACUACCUAGAAAAAAGCGACAGUCAGGAGACGGUCUUGAUCAGAUUCUCGGCGGGACCACCGUAUGAGGACAUCGCGUUCAAAAUCGUGAACAAAGAAUGGAACAUUAGUACUCGCCGGGGUUUCCGUUGCGUCUUCGAUCGCGGUGUACUGCAGCUCUACUUCAACUUCAAGGGUUUCAACUACAGACGUUAA